AGAAGGACCACGACUCUCGGAGAACCCUCACGUCGGCCGUGGACCGCAUACUGUACGAAUCACAUCCGAUCGUCUGCUGUUAUAAUUUACAGUUUGCUCAUCGUCACUUGUCAUGGUCCAUGUGUAAGUCUCCGGUCACAUCAGAAAUGUAACGCAUCCGUGAUCUACCCUGUAGAUCCGGGCUUUUGUAGAAUAAUCGAUACGUUCAGAAGCUCGUCUCUACAGGUAUCUUACGGAUGGAAGUUUACCCCGACCCGCGGCGGCACCAUACAUCGAACGGAUGGAAGCCACGACGCCUGAUGAUAGUAUAGUACUUACCUAUACAAUAUAUUAUAUUAUUAGUUAAUUUUGAGCCUUAACCCGUCGUUGCAUCCUCCGCUGACGUCAAUGAACGAGUAUGAAGGUUUUCGAUGCACGUAUGGUUUAGCUGUCGCGGCGUCUCCUCUGCGCUCGUCAGUCGUCACUCAUCAUCCGCUCGAAAUUAUAAUACUUAAUAUUUUUACUCAUUUGUUUUACAUUUUGUAUAAUUUCUUCUAUUUAAAAUAAAAUAAGUGUCAAUAUUCUAUCCUUGUCGUGGCCGUGGAUCAAUCGGUUAUUUAUGGCUACUGUAGGUUAUUAACAUAUUAUUAUAAUACAUAUAUGUACAGGUUCGUACAAACAUAAAUAUUAUGAUACACCAAUACACCAUACAUUAUUGUAUACUUGGUUAGGUUAGCUUAAUAUCUUUCGUGAUUUAAUAAUGUUUUGUUACUUAUUUUCUUAUGGUUGUAGUUAUAUACCCAUAGUCGUAUAUAUAUACAUACGAGUUUGUCACAAUUAAACAUUAUUGAAUAUUAUUGUUAUAGAAAUGGUGACAUUAAUGUAUAAUCCAUAUACCAUGGUGCUUCUAUGUAUAUAUAAAUAUAUAAUAUAUUAUAACAAUUAACAAUAAUUUUAUUUUGUAUAACAUGACAUUUAUCUACAAAAAUUGUUCAUGUUUUGUGUUUUUAUUUCAUCAUAAUAUUAUUUAGUUAUAGACAUAUAGACUAAAAUCUAGAAUAGGAAAAUAAAAAAAAUAUAUGUUCACACAGUGGCGUAAACUGGGGGUCGCACGGGGUCGCACUUGCAACCCCUGAAAAUAUCAUAGGGUCGCAAGAGUAUCUUUUUGCGACUCCAAAAAAUUACGAUUUCAAUUAUCAAAAAAUUGAAAUAUCAAUAUAAUAAUAAACUAACUAAUUUAUAUUUUGAGAACCAAUGUUUAACGUUGUCUUGAAGCACUGGAAUUAUUAUUAUACUAUAUCCUUUCCACAUUUAUUUAUAGUUUUGUUAUUAAUAAUUUUCUAUUAUUAUACCAAUAUGUAUAUUUAUUGUGAUCGGCCGACUCGAGUCUCAAUGGUAGCUGAUAAUGAAAACGUGUUUCAUAGUUUAAAAUUACUAUUUGUUUGUUUUAUUCAUGAAUUUAAUUUUUACACUUGUUAUUUCUUAUUCGUGAUCGACUUAAAAUUAAGUACUUACUACAGUGGACAAAUUUCUUAUAAAAGUAUCGAAGUCAAAAAAAAAUACUAAUGCUGAGAAAAAUGUUAACUUACCUGAAGAAAACCACCUUUCCCCAGAAAAAAGAUCAAAAAUGGAUAUUCUACCAAAUACCAAGGACAUAAAUCAAAUUCAGAAUGCUAUAUCUAGCCAUGUAGGUACAUCAAAGUCAGAUCAAACUACAAAUACACUAUUGAUAAGUGACAAUCUUAAUCGAGAUCCUGGUCAUAAGAAUACAAAUGCUUUAAUUUUAUUUUCAAGUGGGUUUGGACCGUAUCAACCAAAUAACAUUAUAUUUCCACAGCAUUUAGGAAGAAAAUUUCGAACAGAGUGGUAUACUUCUUUUCCUUGGAUAGAAUAUAGUCCUAGCAGUAACUCUGCAUAUUGUUUUUACUGUCGUGUUUUUCCAUCUAAAACAUCAGAUCCAACUUUUGUUAGUGUUGGAUUCAAGCAAUGGUCAAAAGCUAGUUUCAAGUCUUUUCCUUAGCAUGAAAAAUCAUUUGGAC